UCUGCGAGCACCGAUGACGAGUACAACGCGAACUGGGCUGGUGUGGUCGCUCAGACCGACGAGGGCUCCAUCACUGGGGUGUCGGCUUCGUUCACCCUGCCCACCGUCAAGAAGCCGACCGACGGUGACCAGGUCAAUGCUACAGACCACACUGCCUCCACCUGGAUUGGCAUCGACGGCUACAGCUGCGGUACUGGUCUGUGGCAGGCAGGUGUAGAUGGAACGAUCGACGAGUCCGGAACUGUCUCCUGGUACGCCUGGUAUGAGUGGUACCCCGGUGAUACGGUUGAGAUUGACAUUGGUGACCUUGCUACGGGUGAUGUCAUCACUGUCAACGUUACGGCCAGCUCUACUACUGAGGGCGUUGUCACCAUGUCUAAUGCUGCAAGUGGCAAGUCCUACAGCAAGACUGUGACGUCCACGUACGAGCUUUGCCUCGCGGACGCCGAGUGGAUCGAGGAGGAUCUUGUCGUCGACGAUGCUGUGAAUGAGGGUCUCGCCAACUUUGGCAGUGUCACCUUCGAGGACGCCAUCGCUACCACCAAGACCGGAACCCUGUCGCCUGGGGAUGACCCCAUCUACAUGGACGUGGAGGAUAGCGAUGGCAACAUCCUGACCUCGUCUUCCGCCUCAGGCAACACUGUCACUGUUAAGUACGUGUAA